AUGAUGUUUCUGCGCGCUGCUACCAUCUUGUGGAUUGUCUGUGGUGUUACCUCAGCAUAUGAGAAUGUUGCCCUCCAGGGUCAAGCCACUCAGUCCUCAAUCUACCGGAGCCAAGAUAAUGGUUAUCUGACCAAUGCCAUAAAUGCAAUAGAUGGGAACCUGGACUCGGACGCCUUCCACGGCUCCUGCUCACAUACACACAAUGACCUGUCUCCUUGGUGGAGGGUGGACCUGCUCAGACCUUAUAAAAUUGCCUACAUCACCAUCACCAAUAGAGGUGACUGCUGUAGUGAGAGACUGAGCGGAGCUGAAAUUCUCGUUGGAGACUCUCUGGCCAACAACGGAAAUGACAAUCCCAGGUGUGCAACAGUGACUUCAAUUCCCACUGGAGGAACACAGACCUUCAGGUGUGAUGGCAUGGUUGGUCGCUUCGUCAAUAUCAUUUUACGAGGAAAAUCCGAAUUCCUUCAGCUGUGUGAAGUUCAGGUCUUCGGUGAUUAUGUAUACAGCAGCCUCAAAUAA